AUGAUAUUGUGCACGGUAUUCUCCAUGCUCCUUGCUGUUCUUGUUACACCAAUACCUUCAAGUUCAACAACAGCAACGUCAGCAACAACGACAACAUCAUCAUCAGCAACAAUAACAACAACAACAAGGCCCACAACAACAACGACUAGCAGCAAAAAAUACUACAAUAACUUAAUCGACGAACUGCUUGCCGACCACAACAGCUCGGGCAUUUAUUUAUCGCUUGAUAACAAAACCGGAAUUGAAUAUUACAAUAACUUUAUCAACGAACUGCUCAGCAACAGCAGCUCAGGCAUUGACUUGCUCCUUAGCAGUGAUGAUCCCAGUGCGGUCGUUGCGCUUGAGACCAAUCACUCUCACGUCGAAUUACAGCUGGAAAUAAGUGAUUCUCACAGUGAAGUAUUGUUGGACAUUGACGGUCAUAACAGACUGGUGUUCAAGGCUGGUGAUCCAAAAACCAAUUUAUUGCUAGGAAGUGGUGUUCGCUAUAUUGACUUAUGGUUCGGGAGAAACUUCAAUAACAAUAACUACAACAAUAACAGCAAUAUGGAAUACUACAACAACUUUAUUGAUGAGCUGAUUAGUGGCAACGCAAGACCCACAACAACAACGACUAGCAGCAAAAAAUACUACAAUAACUUAAUCGACGAACUGAUUGCCGACCACAGCAGCUCGGGCAUUUAUUUAUCGCUUGAUGACAAAACCGGGAUUGCGUAUUACAAUAACUUAAUCAACGAACUGCUCAGCAACAGUAGCUCAGACAUCGACUUGUUGCUUAGCAGUGAUGAUCCCGAUGUGGUCGUUCCGCUUGAGACCAAUCACUCGCACGUCGAAUUACAGCUGGAAAUAAGUGAUCCUCACAGUGAAAUAUUGUUGGAGAUUGACGGUCAUAACAGAAUGAUGUUCAAGGCUGGUGAUCCAAACACCAAUUUAUUGCUAGGAAGCGGUGUUCGCAACAUUGAUUUAUGGUUCGGGAGAAACUGCAGUAACAAAAACAACAGCAAUAAUAGCAGUAUCGAAUACUAUAACAACUUAAUUGAUGAGCUGAUUAGUGGCAACGGUACUGAUAACAGCUUGAUCAAUUUGCUAAUAAGUAAAUACGGCGUGCCAUACACCACCUACCUAAUCAGCGGGCUAAGAAAUGGUAACGGUACUGAAUACUACAACAACUUGAUCAACGCUUUGCUUAGUGUGAACGGCACUAAUUACCGCAACAACUUGAUCGAUUUACCGAUGGGAAGCAGAAACUGCUCAAACAACAGAAGCGGCUUUGUGUACGGUAAUUUAAUCAGUAGUUAA